AUGUCUCGCUUUGACUUAGUGAUUUACGGUGCCAGCGGUUUUGCAGGAGCCUAUAUCGUAGAGCGGCUCGUCAGCUCAAAGUAUUUUGGGACAGUCUCCUUUGCCGUCGCUGGUAGAAACAAUGCCAAACUGCAGAAGACAUUGGAUGAGGUUUCCAAGAAGACAGGCAAGGACAUCAAUGCAACGCCGAUAAUCAUAGCAGAAACUUCAGACGAGCAAUCGUUGGCUGAUAUGGCUAGCAAGGCGAAGGUUAUCAUAAAUGCUGUCGGACCGUAUCUUCUUUAUGGUGAACCAGUGAUAAAAGCAGCGAUUGAAAAUGGUGCCAAUCAUGUGGACAUUUCUGGUGAACCUACGUAUCUCGAAAAGAUGCAAAUGAUCUAUGGCGAGAAAGCCAAGGAGAAAGGCGUUUACAUAGUGGGCGCUUGUGGAUGGGAUUCUAUCCCAUGCGAUCUUGGGGUGAACUUUUUGAAAGAGAAGUUCGAAGGGGACCUCAAUCAUGUGGAGACCUAUGUACAGCUGCUCAGCGGUCCGGCGGUAAGUAAACUUAUCAAAUUUGACAAUCUCACUGCUUUUGUUGCUUUGGAACAAUGAAA